AUGCAGUAUUUGGCUGUACUUGCACUCUGGUGUUCAACCGUGACAGCCCUAACGAGACAUGUCCACUCACACGUUCACUUUGGGAGGCAGAACAACCAGACUCAGGUGAACGCCACAGCCGAGUACGACUAUGUCAUUGUUGGGAGUGGACCCGGUGGAGGGCCAUUGGCAUCUAGGCUGGCCAUUGCGGGAUACAAGGUCCUCCUGAUUGAUGCUGGAGGGGAUCAAGGAGAUGCACUCGAAGUACAAAUCCCAGCCUUGCAGCUUUCAGCAACGGAGUAUGAACCAAUUCGCUGGGACUACUUCGUCAACCAUUAUCAAGAUGUAGCACGACAAGCCCAAGACUCGAAAAUGGUUUGGCAACUGCCGUCUGGAGAACAUGUCGUGGGAAGUAAUCAACCCGCUGGAUCAACACCGUUGGGGAUCUGGUACCCACGGACAGGGACACUGGGAGGCUGCUCAAUGCAUAAUGCAAUGAUCACCAUUUAUCCUCACGAGAGUGAUUGGAACUACAUUGCUUCCGUUACUGGAGAUGCUUCUUGGAAGGCUGCGAAUAUGCGCAAAUACUUUCAGAGGUUGGAGCGCAGCAGAUAUCUUCCAAACGGUAUUGUAGGCCAUGGUUUUGAUGGAUGGUUGGAGACCAGCCUGACAGAGUUGUCACUAGCUGUUGAGGAUACAAAGUUGUUGUCGUUGAUCAUUGCAGCAGGAACUGCAAUGGGGAAAGGACUGCUCGCGAAACUCAUCACUACAAUCACUGGUCUGGCCGAAGUCUUGCUGCAGGACAUCAACGCCUACACGCCCAGAAGAGACUCUACUGAAGGUCUCUAUCAAGUCCCCAUUGCAGUGACAUCUGUUGAAAAGAAGCGAAAUGGUCCUCGCGACUUCAUCCUUGCGACUGCGAAUGCUCGCAAUGCUGAUGGGUCACGCAAGUACCAUCUAGAUAUCAAACUCAACACGCUAGUCUCAAAGGUUCUCUUCGAUACUUCAGGCUCCAAGCCUAGAGCAGUUGGUGUCGAGUAUCUCGAAGGACCGAGACUCUACCGUGCUGAUCCUCAAGCAGGUGCUGCACCCGCAGGAACUUCAGGCAGCGUCAAUGCUUCUCGUGAGGUUAUCAUCUCUGCUGGCGCUUUCAACACACCCCAGUUGCUUAAGCUUUCCGGAAUCGGUCCUGCGUCCGAGUUAUCGAAAUUCAAGAUCCCUGUUGUCGUUGAUCUACCUGGCGUGGGCACGAAUUUGCAAGAUCGGUAUGAAACGACAGUCGUAGGAGAUAGCAACACCGACUUUGCCAUCACCAAAUACUGCACUUUCCUGCGAACUCCAGACGAUCCGUGCCUGAAGCAAUGGCAGACGAAACCGGGACCAUUCCUGAAAGGCACUUACGCCACAAACGGUAUCUCGAUCGCUAUCGUGAAGAAAUCAUCAGUGGCAGAGGGCGACCCAGAUCUGCUUAUCUCUGGCGCUCCGGCAUUUUUCACUGGCUAUCAUCCUGGCUAUGCCGCCGAGUCUUUGAAAGACGCCCACCACUGGGCAUGGAUUGUGCUAAAAGCUCACUCGCGCAAUAAUGCUGGCACCGUCACACUCCGCUCAACUGACCCUCGAGAUACUCCUGUCAUCAACUUCAAUUACUUUGACACUGGGAACACCGCUGGUGGCGCCGACGAGAAGGAUCUCCAGGCCACAUAUGAAGGGAUGAUGCUGUCACGUCAGAUAUUCAACGACUACAUCCCACUGCAAGGUGACUUUGAAGAAGUCUGGCCUGCUCAAAAUGCCAGCACAAAGGCAGCGAUGAAAGAGUGGAUCAAGAAGGAGGCAUGGGGCCAUCAUGCAAGCUGCACUGCUCCGAUAGGGGCCGACGGCGACAAAAAGGCAGUACUGGAUUCUAAGUUCAGAGUUCGUGGUGUCGACGGGUUGAGGGUUGUAGAUGCAAGUGUCUUCCCUAAAGUUCCAGGAUUUUAUAUUGUCUUACCAACCUAUAUGAUCAGUGAGAAGGCGGCAGAUGUAAUUUUGCAGGAUGCAGUAGCAGCCUGA